UUUUGCCAGGCUCCUCAGCAUCCAUCCCCCUUGCAUGGUCUCUCUCCACUGGCCAUGCACGACCAUUUCUCUCCCCAACCGUGGAUUUCCUAUUACUCUCGUCACGACUCACUGAGCCCCAGGCCCAAGGAUAAUGAUGUGUUGUUUCUUGGUAGCAUAAUUUGUCACACGUACAUUUUUUUUCCCUUCUUCUUCUCUUGCAGAAAACCUCUGCUCACUCUCUCCCUCUCUCCUCUUCUCUCUCUUUCUCUCAACCUCUCACAUUCUUUCUUCCUUUACUCUGUUUGCUAAUUCACCAUGAUCAAACGAUGAACGACAAAAUAAAUGGUAUAGAGUGACUGCCUGGAGUUUGGGAGCCAGAAGGUUGUGGUUUGUUUGUUUUUUUGUUAUAUUGUAUCUGGAGGAAGCCCCACAGAACGUUAGGAUAAGGAAGGAGUUUAAUCCUGUUUUGGGGUGGGAACCUAAAGUGAUCCUAGACUUUGGCAUCUGGUUGUGAGCAGGUCUAAAAGACAGGUUGCACUUGAAGCCCGCCAUGUCCAGAUCGGGGGACAGGACUUCUACCUUUGACCCGAGCCAUAGUGACAAUCUACUGCAUGGUCUAAAUCUGCUUUGGAGGAAGCAAUUGUUUUGUGAUGUGACUUUGACAGCCCAGGGCCAGCAAUUCCACUGUCACAAGGCUGUGCUUGCGUCUUGCUCCCAGUAUUUCAGAUCACUUUUCUCCAGCCACCCAGGCCAGGAUGGGCUGCCCUCUGUCCCUAAGGACCAGCAACAGCAGACAGAGGAGCCAGGAACACCCUCCUCAUCCCCAGACGACAAGCUUCUGGUGAGUCCCAGGGCCAUUAACAAUCUGGUUCUUCAGGGCUGCUCCUCAAUAGGACUCCGACUGGUACUGGAGUAUCUUUAUACAGCCAAUGUUACAUUGUCAUUGGACACAGUGGAGGAGGUCCUGUCUGUCAGCAAGAUCCUGCACAUACCUCAGGUUACUAAACUAUGUGUACAGUUUCUCAAUGACCAGAUCUCUGUGCAGAACUACAAACAGGUGUGCAAAAUUGCAGCCUUGCAUGGUCUGGAGGAGACCAAGAAGCUGGCUAACAAGUACCUGGUAGAGGAUGUCCUCUUACUCAACUUUGAAGAGAUGCGUUCCAUGCUGGACUCUCUCCCACCUCCAGUUGAGUCCGAACUCGCUCUCUUCCAGAUGUCUGUGCUCUGGCUGGAGCACGAUAGGGAAACGAGAAUGCAAUAUGCACCAGACUUAAUGAAGAGGCUUCGCUUUGCCCUCAUACCAGCACCAGAGUUAGUAGAGAGGGUACAGUCAGUAGAUUUCAUGAGGUCUGAUCCCGUGUGCCAGAAGCUACUUUUGGAUGCUAUGAACUACCACCUAAUGCCUUUCAGACAACAUUGCAGGCAGACCUUAGCCAGCAGAAUUCGAUCCAACAAGAAAAUGUUAUUAUUAGUGGGUGGAUUGCCCCCUGGGCCAGACCGACUGCCCAGCAAUCUGGUUCAGUAUUACGAUGACGAAAAGAAGACGUGGAAAAUACUUACAAUUAUGCCAUAUAACAGUGCACAUCAUUGCGUGGUGGAAGUGGAGAAUUUCUUGUUUGUUUUGGGAGGAGAAGACCAAUGGAAUCCUAACGGAAAACACAGUACAAACUUUGUAAGUCGCUAUGAUCCGAGGUUUAACAGCUGGAUACAACUACCACCAAUGCAAGAAAGGAGAGCCAGUUUUUACGCCUGUCGGCUGGAUAAACACCUGUAUGUAAUUGGGGGGAGGAAUGAGACUGGUUAUUUGUCAAGUGUGGAGUGCUACAAUUUGGAAACCAAUGAAUGGCGUUAUGUGUCCUCAUUACCCCAACCUCUGGCAGCGCAUGCAGGAGCAGUUCACAAUGGCAAAAUAUACAUAUCCGGUGGCGUUCACAAUGGAGAAUAUGUCCAGUGGUUAUACUGUUACGACCCAGUUAUGGAUGUUUGGGCUCGAAAGCAAGAUAUGAACACUAAAAGAGCAAUUCAUGCCUUAGCGGUAAUGAAUGAUCGUCUGUACGCAAUCGGCGGAAACCAUUUAAAAGGUUUCUCUCAUCUUGAUGUAAUGCUUGUGGAAUGCUAUGACCCAAAAGGAGAUCAGUGGAAUAUUCUACAAACACCGAUUUUGGAAGGUCGAAGUGGACCAGGGUGUGCAGUUUUAGAUGAUCGGUUUUAUCUCGUUGGAGGCUAUAGUUGGAGUAUGGGAGCUUAUAAGUCUUCAACUAUUUGUUAUAGUCCUGAGAAAGCCAGCUGGACAGAACUUGAAGGAGAUGUGGCUGAACCCCUCGCAGGACCAGCCUGUGCAACCGUCAUACUGCCGGCCUGCGUUCCGUACAACAAAUAGCAUCAAGACACUGUGGGACAUUGAAACACUACAAGGGUGUGACUUUUCUGUUUGGGAAUUAUUUCUUACUUUCAAAUGCUUUAAAAGCAAGAAAGAAACUGACAUUCUAAUGAUUUAACACCAAUUAAACUGGUGAAACUACUGAACUCCAACACGGUAAUACAUUUUACCGCUUUCUUGUGUUGAGCACACAGACAUUUUGUGUGAAUUGAACAAUGGCGCGAAUGCAAUUCACCUUCAUGUAAAAGAGAAAGUCAUGUGGCACAUUGUAAUCUGCAUCACCGUUUGCCAAGAUCUACCCACCCAGGGUAGUCACAGAGACGUUCUUUUUUUAAUAUCCUCCAUUAAUAUUGUAUUGGUUCCAAUCCCUAUGUCUGGGUAAAUCUCACCUGAUCUAUGCAGAUAGAUUUAAAAUAAUAUGAAUAUACACAUUUCAAAAAGAAAAAAAGUCAUGUCAUUCACAGCGAUUGUUAUCAAACUCAUUUUAGUUAAAGUGAUCCAGAUUUUAUUUCAAAGGCAAUAUUUCAAUCCUAUACUCAUGCCUCAAGUAAAGUUAUUUUAUGGGAGUAAAAAUAAUAAAGAAUCACAGAGCAGAGAAUUGCUAGUAAACACAUAAAUUAUAUUUUAUUUGUUUAGCUCUUACCCCGUGCCAUUGGUAAAACGACAUUGAAGGUAAAGUUGACAGUCAUAUAUUAUAGUGAGCGUACAGGAAUCUGCUGACCACUAAUAUAAUAUUCCACAAUUGCUAGUGUACAUCCAAACGCAAGGCAUUGUGGGAUGCUGCACUUAAGAAAUAUUUUAUAUCCUUCAUCCACUUAAUAGCCAUCUUGGUGGAGGCAGAAGAAGGUCUCCAGGUAGGAAUAUCUGUGAAUCUAUACAUUUCCUGGCUGCUGUAGAUUUAAUAUGUAUACUUACCGAUAGCUGAACUUUCAAUAUUUUGUGAAUAGCAGGUCAACUUAGAAAAGCCACUUUACUAGUUGUAAUCCUUGCAAACAGGCUUUCAUUUUGUUUUAUUGUCUUUUUGUGAUUCGAAUGCUUCAAUUUGAACUACAACAGUUACAGCCUUGGAGCAUGGCCCAAAUGAACGACCGCAAAGAGUCCUUAUUAAAAGGGCUCCCUUUAAUAGUACAAUUUUUCAUUUUAUAGAAACUUAAAUGUUAUGGUGAAGGGCUAAACCCACCACUAAUGGCAGUCUUCCUUCGGCUGGGAAUAAAAUGUUGUUGACAGCAGCAUUUGAUGGGAGGAGCGCAGUGUUUGGCCACACAUGAGUAACUCUAAUUCAUUGUUUUUCUAUGAGAAGCAAUGAAUUGGAGGAAAUCGGGAUGAGAUCAUUAGACAUGCUGAUGUCUUCGAAGGAGGAACGUACGGAUGUAGCAGUGGAAUCCCAGCACGGGAAACAAUGCAAGUAAAAUCUUUGAAACUUUAUUUUAUUUUUUGAUCAGCAAA